AUGCCAGAAUCCUCGUCGUCGUCUCCAGCUGAUCAAUCAUCUGUUUCAGUCGAAUGGUUCGACGCGUCGGAAAGCACUCCGCCAAAAACGGGCGGUUUAUUAUCGGUGAAAGUGGUGAAUGGCGGUGUGGAGGCAUUCUGGAAUGGUGCCAAAUUGGAAUGUGUUAAGGAGACAAUCAGCUCGCCGAUAAAAACGAAUCAAAUCUUUCCGGAAUUGAGUUCUCGAAGUCCGACAUCUCGUUUUCGUAUUGCUGGUGGUCAUAAAACGACCAAAAGUUCUUCUUUGAGAACCCUAAACACUCGUCUACAUCAUCAUCGUUUUGUUUUAAAAAGUCCGAAAAGGGGUGGCGGAGAACGGAAAGUGACUGAGGAGUUGAAGACUGAGAUGACGGCGGAUGAGAAGGAAGCGAUUGAUGAGAAAGAGGGACAUUUGGAUAAGAAAGACGAAGAUCCGAGUGCUGAAACUGAGAUUUUGGAGGAAAAAAGUGAAGAAAAUGGACCGGCCAUCUCCACUCAACUCUCCACUCCGGACGUCCUUUCUGAUAUUCCAUUGGAUAUUCUUGGUUCAGGAGGCUCCUCCAACUCUCCGCCCACUGCACUCCCUAACGACGCCGUUGCUGAGGAGGACGUAGAAGAAGAAGAAGAAGAAGGAGACACGACGUCUUCUAUUCCGGCGAACAACUCCUCCACUGAUGCUGCUGACAUGAAACGGCAGAAAAAGAAAGAGAGAAAGAAGGCGCGUCAGUUGAAUCGAGAGCAACAAAUGAAGCGGCAGCGGCUCCAACGCACUGAAGCACUCAAAAGUCUCGAAACAAAACUCGAAAAGGAGAAACGACAACUGGCAGAGUACGCAGCGGCGGUCGCCAAGCCGACGAUCACUCAGCAACAAAACGAAAAAGAGCAAUAUACAAUUGAAGUUUGUCAUCAAACGGACGGAUCAAUAUCCAUCUGUGGCGGUGGUGGAAGCAAGGACGCUCCAAUGAGAAUCCACGUGCCACACGAUAUUCGAGGAAUGAUUGAGCUGAAAGUGGAUCCGAAUAUGCAAAUGUCAGAAAUGGUACAAGUCGAAUCACUGGAGACUUUUGAGGUGUUGGUAUGCGGAGAACGACGGAAAGUGACACCAUUCAUUCCAAGAAAAAAACAGAAUUCUGGAGGCACCGACGCCACUGCGGAGAGCUCCACGUCUUCUAGCAAUACCUCGGUAUUCGAUAUACCCGAGCACCCGCCAGUUGUGGUGCCUUUUCGUGAUGCUCCGAUUGUUGGCUCUGGCGGCUCCAAUCAGGCUCAGGCUCCGCCCCCUCCACACCAAGCUCCGCCCCAAUAUGUCACCAUGCCAAUGACAUUCCAAUCGCAGCCCAAUCAUCCCGUACUGGUUAGCGGUCCGAUCUAUGCCCCGCCUCCUAGAUACCUACCAGCACCGUUCGGCCAGCCACCACCGCCACCACAAUACUCGAUGGGAAUCCUUCCUGUCGCAAUGCAACGAAUCCCAAUGCAACGAAUGCCUGUCAUGAUGAAUCAACGACCGAUUUUUGUGGCUCCGCCCCCUCAAGGAGCACCACAGAGAGUUCAGAUGGCUAUCCACGUCGGACCGACACCUCAACGACCGAUUCAUCAUAUUCAGAGUUUUCAGCAGGCGCCGCCGGUACAACAGCCGCUGGUUAGACCACCGCGGACUCCGCUAGCGAUUACGGCACCGCCGCUAGAGGAGAAAAAAGAGGCGAAAAAGAAGAAAAAGACGAAGAAAGUGGCUACAGAAAGUUUUGCAGAAGAAAUUCCGAAAGAAGACGUCCCGACGGCUCCAGAAGUGUCUCCAGAAGUCUCUGAGCAAGCGGAAACUGUCAUAAUCGAAGAAACUAUAAUUCUGGAACAAGCUCCGCCCCCACAACCAGUUCGCCGUACCUCAAGCACCGAACUCAACGGAGAACUCAUCACUUCCAACGUCUCGGCGAUUCUUGAUGAGACGGACGAUGAGAUUCCGACGUCAUCUGCCCCCACGACGCUCCGCCCACUUUCGCCGACUUCAGAAGCGCAACAAGCAGCGAUUAAUCGAGUUCUUGGGUUCUCGAAACCUUCUGAAGACUCCACUUUUAAUAUUUGGGCGGGAUGGAUCAAUGAGAUGCCCCCUGCGCCAAUUCAGAAGACGUCAACGUCGUCGGAUAUGGAAAGAAGUUUCAAGAAGAUUUUGGAGGAGGAUGAGAAGAAGAAGUCACAGAAGGAAUUGAUUGUGGAGGGAUUAGAAAAGAAAUGGAGAGAAGAGCAGGAGGAGACUGAGAAACAGCCGAAUUUGGUCUCGAUUUGCAAGAAAAUUGAAUCCUAUUUUAUGUGA